UCACUCCCAUUCAUUCUGCUACUCAGACCCGGAAAAGUUUGAAUGUGUAUGUGUACGCAUGGCAUAGUGUGUUUCCGGUAUAACGUGUGUGUUGAUCGCCGCUCAGCCCUUUUCUCUCUCUUGGCUUUCAGUAGAACAGUCACUCACACUUUAAGUGUCCCGGCUCCCUGACCUGGUCUUUACCCCCCUCCUGAACUAACGGCGUUCUAUUUUUCACCAGUGGACAUGGCAUCUGUUUCGGCUACCGCUCAGGCGGCUCCCGUUUCCUCUGCUCAUCUGCAGAGAGGAAUAGUUAAAAUGGUCCUUUCAGGCUGUGCCAUCAUAGUGCGAGGCCAGCCCAGAGGUGGCCCACCCCCGGAACGUCAGAUCAAUCUCAGCAAUAUCAGAGCGGGAGCCAUGGCACGUCGGGCUGCCCAGGCCCAGCCUGACACCAAGGACACCCCUGAUGAGCCGUGGGCUUUUCAAGCCAGAGAGUUCCUGCGUAAGAAACUCAUCGGCAAAGAAGUGUGCUUCACUGUGGAAAUCAGGACCCCUUCAGGCAGAGAGUAUGGCAUAGUCUACCUGGGCAAAGACACAACCGGCGAAAACAUCGCAGAGUCCUUGGUAAACGAAGGCCUCGCCACAGUCCGCAGGGAAGGAAUUAGAGGAAACAAUCCAGAGCAGGCCCGACUCUGUGAAUUGGAGGACCAGUCCAAGUCGUCCAAGAAGGGCCUGUGGAGUGAGGGUGGCAGCGCACACACCAUCCGCGAUCUUAAAUACACCAUAGAAAAUCCCCGCAACUUUGUGGACUCCUUGCACCAGAAACCCAUCAAUGCCAUCAUUGAGCAUGUGCGUGACGGCAGUGUUGUUCGCGCCCUGCUGCUUCCCGACUACUACCUGGUCACAGUCAUGCUGUCAGGCGUGAAGUGUCCAACAUUUAAGAGAGAAGCAGAUGGUACAGAGUCACCAGAACCAUUUGCAGCAGAGGCCAAAUUCUUCACUGAAUCCCGACUUCUGCAGAGAGACGUUCAAAUCAUCCUGGAGAGCUGCCCCAACCAGAACAUCCUGGGCACCAUCCUUCAUCCAAAUGGUAACAUUACGGAGCUUCUGCUAAAGGAAGGAUUCGCCCGCUGCGUGGACUGGUCCAUGGCCGUUUACACUCAAGGAGCCGAGAAACUGCGAGCUGCUGAAAGAUCUGCCAAAGAGCGCAAGGUCCGCAUCUGGAGGGACUACGUGGCUCCCACCGCCAACUUGGACCAGAAGGACAGACAGUUUGUAGCCAAGGUGAUGCAAGUGGUAAACGCCGAUGCCAUGGUCGUCAAACUCAACUCCGGUGAAUACAAGACCAUCCACCUGUCCAGCAUUCGCCCCCCCAGGAUCGAGGGAGAGGAGAAAAACAAGGACAGAGACAAGCGCUUCCGUCCUCUCUACGACAUCCCCUACAUGUUUGAGGCCCGCGAGUUCUUGAGGAAGAAGCUCAUCGGCAAAAAGGUCAAUGUCACAGUGGACUACAUCAGAGCAGCAACUGGACCUGGAGAAGGAAUACCUGCCUUCUCCGAACGCACCUGUGCUACAGUUACCAUUGGCGGCAUUAACAUCGCAGAGGCUCUGGUCAGCAAAGGCCUCGCGACGGUGAUCAGAUACAGACAGGAUGACGACCAGCGCUCCUCCCACUACGACGAGCUGCUUGCUGCAGAGGCUCGUGCCAUCAAGAACGGGAAAGGCCUGCACAGCAAGAAGGAGGUUCCCAUCCACAGAGUGGCAGACAUCUCUGGGGAGACGCAGAAGGCCAAGCAGUUCCUGCCCUUCCUACAAAGAGCCGGGCGGUCAGAGGCUGUGGUCGAAUAUGUCUUCAGUGGCUCUCGCCUCAAGCUGUACAUGCCCAAAGAAACCUGCCUCAUCACAUUCCUCCUUGCCGGUAUUGAAUGUCCACGCAGUUCCAGGAAUUUGCCUGGAGGCGUGCAGGUGGCCGAACCUUUCAGCGACGAGGCCAUGCUGUUCACCAAAGAGCUAGUGCUGCAGAGGGAGGUGGAAGUUGAAGUGGAGAGCAUGGACAAAGCGGGGAACUUCAUUGGGUGGCUGCACAUCGAAGGUGUGAAUCUGUCGGUGGCACUGGUUGAAAAUGCCCUUUCCAAGGUCCACUUUACGGCCGAGCGCAGUGCCUACUACAAGACCCUGGUAUCAGCAGAGGACACGUGCCGAGAGAAAAAAGAAAAGAUCUGGGCCAACUAUGAAGAGAAACCAGUGGAGGAGGUCGUCCACGUCACAGAGGAGAAGGAACGCGUGGCCAAUUACAGAGCGGUAUUCGUCACAGAAAUCACCGACACCUUGCAUAUCUACGCCCAGGACGUGGAAACAGGAGGCCAGUUGGAAAGCCUGAUGGAGACCAUGAGAGCAGAGAUCGCUGCCCAGCCGCCAGUGGAAGGUUCCUAUGCCGCACGCAGAGGGGAAUACUGCAUAGCUAAAUUCGCUGAUGGUGAAUGGUACAGAGCCAGAGUGGAGAAAGUUGAGUCGGCAGCAAAGGUGCACGUCUUCUACAUCGACUAUGGCAACAGAGAAGUUGUGUCCACCACCCGUCUGGCUGCCAUGCCCCCUGCCUUCAGCACCAGGAUCCUGCCUGCUCAGGCUACUGAGUACGCCUUCGCCUUCAUCCAAGUCCCACAAGACGACGACGCUCGUGCGGACGUGGUGGACUGCGUGGUGCGUGACAUCCAGAACAGUCAGUGCAUGCUGAACGUGGAGUACAAUGGCGUCACCUGCCCACAUGUCACGAUACAGUUUGGGGACACCAAGGAUGAUGCCGGCCUGGGUCUGGUCAAAGAGGGUUUGGUCAUGGUGGACGUCCGCAAGGAGAAGCACCUGCAGAAGAUCGUGACGGAGUACCUGAACAGUCAAGAAUCUGCCAAGAGUGCCAGACUCAACAUCUGGCGUUACGGAGACUUCCGGGCCGAUGACGCAGACGAGUUCGGCUACAGACGCUAAAAAAUAAUCAGAGAAGAAAAAACAAAACAAAAAACACGGAAAGUAGGAAAAAAGAGAAAACCGACCAUCCAAUCAACACCAUUCCAAAGACCAACACAGUCAUCGAGUGACGGUUUGGACAGAAGAAUAUUUCGAAAAAACAAAAAAAAAAAAAAAAUUGAGGGGAAAACUUAACGACAAGCAUUGACUCACUCUUCCUUUUUUAUUUGACAUGACAUCCCUCUGGUCCUGACCUCCAUGUUCUGCUUUGUCUUCUUUUUUUUUCUUUGGAAAUCGGGCUCUACAAAAACCCCAGAUCAAAAGUAGAGAAAUCAUGUAACAAACUCCUUCCAUUCAUCCUCUCUCUUCUUGAUGGCCCACUGCCUGCACUGUCUUUGUUGCCAGUCUGUGUUCUUUGCCAUGUUAAUCCUUCAGCAGACUUCCCAUGUCAAACAUGUACGUACUGUGAGCCAAUCGUCUUCUUUCCCCUUCCUUCGCCUCCGACACGGACUGAUCGUUUAUUCUCUCAAACAGAUGCUUCCCAGAUGAAUUUCAUGUAAAUGUGAAGAAAUCUUCAGAAGAACCAAAAACAAACAAACGAGUGUAAAUGAUUUAUUUUGGACAGGAAAAACUGAAAAGGAAGAGAAAACAAAAGGACCAGUUUAUUUUUGUCGUUGGUGUCAAAUCUGUGCAACCAUGACAUUUUGUGAGGAGUGUUUUUGUCGUCUUAAUGACCAGUGAAAAUAUGAAAUGCCAACACCUGAGUGGCAUUCUUCUCAUCUUCCUGUGAAGUUUACAUUCUGACGAUGGUUCUGAUCCAGUCUCUGACCGUCUCUCUCUUUAUCUCUCUCUUUCUCUCUACUACGUCUCUCUGACUUUGACGCCACAGCAGAAACAGUGUUUGAAUUUAUUUCCACUUAAUGGGUCUUUGCAUUCUAAUGGAAUCUGCUGAAUAAAAAAAAAGCAAAC